UGGUGAUGGCGGUGGUGGUUUUCUGUACGCUUUUCACCACAGCGAAACGAUGUGAGCUUCUCACGUUGCUAUCGAAUGAAAUCGAGUAAAUCGACUAAUGCACCCCAUAGAACUCGUGGCUUUUAACGGCGCCAAGCAAAUCAGUUUACAACGGAAAGCACAAAGCAACGGUCGUGAAAAUUGAGCAAAGCUCCGUGAAAAACACUAAGCAAAAAAAAAAAAAAUCAUAGAAAAUUUAACGCAAAUUUUCGUGAUAGAAUUUUUGGAAUUUGCGUGUGUGUGUGUUAGUGCAAAGUGCAUACAAGAAAUUCCAACAAGUUUCUCUCACAGAGCUUGGCAAUUGUCAAAGCGCAGGAAUAAAGGUUAAAUAAUAAACGAUCUAAAGAUAUUCCAUAAUACCGCGCGAUUGUGUCCUUUGUGUCUGUGUGAGAAAAAAUCCGCCCUUAAAGAAGCUAAGCCAACAAAAAGUUUGUGAAGACGGCACCGUUGCAAGGAAAGGGCAGUUAACUCCCAGCGUUGAUGGCUGCCACUAAAAUAAUUGAUGCACCGCGUAACGGCCACGAGAUGGCGCCACUGAACACGAGAGCCAGGGGCGAUGGCACCCACGGGGUGACCAUUGUUUUAACCGCACCUCAACGGAAUUCAGUGCAAUCGGUGGACAUUCCUGGUGAGCCGGAUCGUGCCGCCUGGAGUGGCAAGAUGCAGUUCUUUCUCAGUAUUAUUGGAUAUUCCGUGGGACUGGGAAACAUCUGGCGGUUUCCCUACCUUUGCCAACAGAAUGGUGGCGGUGCAUUUCUGAUACCAUUUAUGAUAAUGUUGAUACUGGAGGGCAUUCCCCUGUUCCUCAUCGAGCUGGGCAUUGGCCAGCGUAUGCGAUUGGGUGCGUUGGGUGUGUGGAACACUAUCCAUCCCUGGUUGGGCGGCAUUGGCAUUUCCUCGUGUAUUGUGACACUAUUUGUGGCACUCUACUACAAUGUGAUCAUCACGUGGGUCUUUUACUAUCUGUUCAACAGUUUUCGGUAUCCGCUGCCCUGGUCGAGUUGUCCGCUAAAUGGCACCGGCUUUGAGGUGGAGGAGUGUGCCAAAUCGUCGGAGACAACAUAUUUCUGGUAUCGCACCACCUUGGAUGCGGCACCAUCGAUGGAUGAGCCCGGUGGUCUGAAGUGGUGGAUUGUGCUGUGCCUGCUGCUUUCUUGGACUAUUGUCUUCUUCAUUGUGAUGAAGGGCAUUCAGAGUUCCGGCAAGGUGGUCUACUUCACCUCCCUCUUCCCGUACAUUGUGCUUACCAUCUUCUUCAUACGGGGAAUCACGCUGCGAGGAGCCGGAGCCGGCUUAAUGCACAUGUAUACACCGAAGGUGGAAAAGCUGCUGGAGCCGACCGUUUGGCUGGAUGCGGCUACACAGGUGUUUUAUUCAUUUGGCCUGGCCUUUGGCUCGCUGAUUGCGUUUGGCAGCUACAAUACGCCCAAGAACAACUGCGUCCGGGACGUGCUGCUGGUUUCCGUAUGCAAUGCGGUCACCGCCAUCUAUGCGAGUGUCGUCAUCUUUGCCAUACUCGGAUUCAAGGCCACAGUCAAUGUGGAUCGCUGUGAGGCCGGCAAUAUUGAAAUUCUGGUGAAGCAUGCUCUGCUGCCGUUCAAGAAUGCGACUAGUGAGGAAUAUCAGUCGGCGAUGCAGAAGAUCAAUGGCACCGAAUUCAACGCAUUGCAGCUUAGUGAAUGCAGCCUCAAAAAGGAGCUGGACAAUGCUGCUGAGGGUACUGGCUUGGCCUUCAUUGUCUUCACCCAGGCAAUUGUCGAGCUGCCCGGAGCACCGUUCUGGGCGGUGCUGUUCUUUACCAUGUUGCUAUCACUUGGAUUGGGAUCACAGAUCGGAAUACUCGAGGGCAUGCUGUGCACGUUAUUCGACAUAGACAUCGUGAAGCGGGUUAAGAAACAACAUGUCACUGGUGUGGUAUGUCUAUUCUGCUUUAUUGUCGGUUUCAUCUUCUGCACAGGUGCCGGCGAGUAUUGGCUCAAGAUGUUUGACUCUUUUGCCGGUACAAUCGGUUUGGUUGUUGUCGCCUUAAUGGAAAUGAUUGCAGUUAUAUUUGUUUACGGUCACGAACGCUUUACUGAGGAUAUCUAUCAGAUGACGGGCUACAGACCCGGCCUUUACUGGCAGCUUACCUGGCGCUACAUUGGCCCAGUUAUCAUGGUGUGCAUUUUGAUCUCGUCUGUGGUCUUUAUGGUCAUACGUAAUCCUACAUACGGUGCCUGGAAUGCCGAUCUGGGUAUUGUUGAGCAAAAGAAUUAUCCCAACUGGGUGAUGGGCGUUGCUCUGGCCAUGAUAUUGGCCGGUGUGUUGCCCAUGCCCAUUGUGUUCCUCAUGCGCAGCUUCCAGUGCCUCAAGGUGGAUCUGGACAUACACCAGGGAUCGAUACGACGCAAUGAGACGACCGCCUCCACCAAGGAAAUGAUUGACAACGAUGAUGAUGACGAUGAUGAGGAUGAUGAGAAUGACUUCAGUGGGCCAGCGUUAGGAGGUCAUGUGAAGACUCAGAGUGACUUCUCCGACGAUGAAGAGGAGGAUAAGCCAAUGACCAUGCGUAUGAUGAUGAUGCGUCCAACAACAACAACAACAUCAACAACUGGAAAAACAACAGCAACAACAAUAAACACAAAAACAAACGCAACAACGCCCCUCAACAAAAUGGGCAGCAAUCAUCUAAAUGUGCCAACAAGCAGAAAGCAGAACUACAAAAAGGACGCCUAUGAUGUGUAGAUAGUGUUGCAAGGUCGAAAGGUUGCAAGGUUGCAAGGUUGCAAGGUUGCAUGAUGGCAAGGGCAAGUAAUAGGUAUAUACAAAUAAAUAUACUUAAUACACUAUAUAAAUCAGACGCUUAGUGAAAGCGCAAAACAUUUAUAUAAACUAAAAUUAAGUAUUUUAAAAUAAUUUAUAAUUAAAAAAUAACAAAUCUUAAAGUUAAGUAAAAGUUUGCAAAUGAAAAUAACAUGAUAAAAACGAUAUAUAAAAAUUGUUAAAAUCACAUUUUACAAACACACACACACACACUGUCAUACACACACACUCACACUAUGUACAAUGAGCUACAAUUGAACUAAAAACGGGUUUAAGGAAAGUUUGAAAAGGUUUAACUUUAUUUUUGUUGCCGUAGCAUUUAGUUGAAAAGUGUUUAAGGCUUUAACUGUUAAUCACAAUUAAAACUGUAUUUGUGUAUGUUUUAAGCCCUAUUUACUUAUAUAUAUAUAUAUACUAUAUAUAACCCAGUUGUAAACCUGCCUAGCCGAAAGAACUUUAAUUGCAAGACGCUUUGUAGAAACCAAAAGAAACAUUUAUAACAAACGCAUUUCCACGAGUUUAACUCAUUAUUAGUCUCAUUAUUUCAAGUUGAACUUAUGUAUGACACCCAAAUAUAUUCAGUUUAGCUCUAUAUAAAAUAAUAUAUAAUAUAUGUAUAUGUAUUGUAUAUUUAUAUAUAUUAACUAUUUUAAUAAUAAUUAGAAUGAUAAACAAGUUGAAAUAUUAACAAGAGAAAUUCUAGUUCAGUUGUUAACUGCAAACACAAAACAAAAAAUAUACCAAAUUGAUUUUAAAUAGUACGGAAAAAUACACACUUACAUAGAAUUAUAUGAUAAUAAGAAAUAUAGACAAACAAAAUGGAAUAUGUGAUAUUCUAAAUAAUAUCCUAAAAAUGUAAUAUUAAGUAAACGUAACAUCAACAAAUUGAGUUUUCCAACACUGUUUCUGUCACUUGCAGCCACUUGCUUCAAUACCUACAAUCUUAACAUUCUACUCUAGCCACAUUUAGUUCAGUUCAGUUUAGUUUCAGUUCUUUUUACACACUCACACACUCAAAGUAUUUUCUUAUAUUCAAAACGAAAAGAAAAAACAAAUCUGCUGUGAAUAGUUUUAGUGGUUGUAAAGUUCUAUUACAAGACGAAAAACAUGAGAAGCGUUAUGAAUAAUUGAAUAGUUAUUAAGCGGCAUUAAUCUCUGACUAAACUCAUCAUUCACCUAAUUUCACAUUAGAAUUUUCUAUAAUCACAUAAUUAAAAUUCGGUUUCCGGAACAGGUUUUAAUACAGAUAUAAACAAUUCAUACCAAAAACUCGAUUGAAUUUCCUAAAAUCAAAAGAAAAUGGAAUUUUUUCAAAUAAACGGAAAAUGUUGAAGACAAUAAGACAUAAAAAGUACUAAUAUUAAAAGAAAAGUUGAAAAAUUGUAUUUCUCGAGAGAUUUGAGAACGUAGCUAACGAGCUGACAGUUUCGAUAGGCUCAAGUCUAUACAGAGUAUUUUUUAUUUAAUUUUUGAUGCGAUUUUAAUAGCAGUAUUUUCCUUUCAGUCAGUUGUUUGCUAUUAGUUAUAUAUGCUGGUGGUACAGUAAUACCUCCCAUAUGUUCUAUUAAUGUACCUUCCGAAGACACAGGUUAUUGGUGCGAGAGCAAAACCGAUAGAGAAAGAGAGUUAUAGUUACGAUAAAUAUAGCUAAGUACAUAAUUAAAAUCUGUUGUCACCGACUGGAACUAGCUGAAGAAGAAGAGUGAAACCACAGUUAUCCCUCACAUCAUAUCCACGCUAUCCAAUAAACCAACCGAUAACCGAUUUGUAUAAUUUAUUUCACCUAUUUAUGACUUAACAUACAAACAAAAAAUAUAACAAUAAAUAUUGUAUAUCAAAUAUUGUCGUAGUGCUUAAGAUCAAAGCAAACUAUGCGAAUAGAUGGACUCGUGUAAAUUUUGAUUGUAUUUAACGUAAAGAGAAAUUACUUAUGUGAAACAUUAUUAUGAUAUACGCAGGUAAUUAUAAUUAAUAAACAUAUUUCAUGAAUAGUGCGUUAAGUUGAAGAAGAGCAAAACGAA